AUGCUGACCUCGAAAGAAGCCGAAGAGGCCGAGGCGUACCUGCGGAUUCCGCUGCCAGAGAUGGUCUUUGGCAAGAACACUUUGGUCGCCGAGCACAGCGCGUCCAAGUUUGCAUUCUACUUUAACGCAAUCGACGCACUGGAUCGAGUGGACAAGACGACCGACUCGGUCAAGGUUAGCUAUGCGAAGGAAUGGGCGGCGACACGGACGCAUUCGGCAGGCAUCAACGACGUUAUCAAGCCGUUUGACUGGACAUUCUCGUCCGAUUACACGGGCACGCUGAUCAACCCGGACACGGUCACCAUCACCGAGAUUGACGAGGAGAUUGACAUGGAAAAGUUGAUGCAACGCGACGCCAUCCUGCACUACAGCGACGUGUUGCUGUACGAAGAUGAGCUGGCUGACAAUGGCUGCUCAAUCAUGAACGUUAAGAUUCGCGUGAUGCCGGGAUCCUUCUUCAUUCUGCUGCGAUUCUUUUUGCGCGUGGACGGCGUGUUUGUGCGCGUCAAUGACACGCGCAUUUUCCACGAAUUCUCAACCAAUUACAUUUUGCGCGAGUUCACGUCUCGCGAGCAAAAGUUUUCAGUUCUGAACGAGCGCUGCGCACCCGGUACCAUCCACGAUCUCGAGUUCUACUCCAAGCCGCAGACCCUUCAUCGUCUCCUCGACAUGACCGCGGGCAAGCGAGAAAAGAUUGCCUUCAACAAGCCUUAA